GGAGCAGGACGAUGUUUGACAACACGCAGUACCCCUAUAACUGCUUUAAUUAUGAUGGGGAUGAUUAUCCUACCUGUAGUUCUGAUGAAGAGAAAAAAUUCACCAGACCAGCAUACAGCUACAUUGCCUUAAUUGCAAUGGCCAUCCAGCAAAGUCCUUCAAAUAAAGUCACCCUCUCUGGCAUUUAUGACUUUAUAAUGAAGAAAUUUCCUUACUACAGAUCAAAUCAAAGAGCCUGGCAGAACUCCAUCCGACAUAACUUAUCGCUUAACAGUUGUUUUGUAAAGGUUCCCAGAACAGAAGGGAAUGAGAAGGGGAAAGGAAACUAUUGGAGCUUUGCAACGGGUUGCGAAUCCAUGCUGGAUCUCUUUGAAAAUGGGAAUUACAGGCGAAGACGGAGGAGGAGGAAUGUGAAAAGGGAACAUAAGGAGCAGAGACCAAGCAGAGGGAAAAGUCCUUCAUCCCCCGAUAUGUCUUCUAUGGACUCUGCACUAAACAUUUCCUCUCCUGAAAGUAAAAACGAAAGAAUUGAAUUGGGCCCAAGACUACUGGAGCCUCGUGGGUUUGCUCCAAACAGCAUGACCAACAGGCAGAGCCUAAGCAAUUCCUCCUUAGCAAAAUCGGAUUCUGAAAUUAAAUUCAGCAUUGAUUACAUCCUUUCAGCCCCUGACCCUUUGCCUGUCCUGAGAUCUCAAUAUAAUAUGCAAGAAAAUAAAUAUCAUCUACUGGAGGCCCAGCAAAUUAAUCUCCAGUUCUGGACAAUGUGAUGUUAUUUGUUCAUGGUAACGGGGUCUGAGUUGCAGUGUAUUAAGCAGCCUCACAUCAUUGAAAAUCAGCCGCUUGUCUCCUCGUUUUUCUUCCCAAGCAGUACUCAGAAAUGGUUACUGAUUCACCAGCUGACACUUUGUCUGUACCCAAAGAACUUUGUUAAGAUUAAAGCGUAAAUAACAGUUACCAAUAUCGGUUUUCACUAUGCUGAAAUUCAUGAAAUUCUAGCUUUGUUUUCUGAACUGUCUUGGACAUCAUUUAACACCACAAAGAAUUUCCUUUCUCAAGCAGAAUCCAACAGAAAAGAGACUUGCUUAUCACCCAUUGCUUUAUUAAAGACAAAGUGAAUUUGAUCCCACUUUCUCGGGUGGAAAUUAGGAUUAAUUCCACUGAAGUAUAUAGGUCAGAAUUUAAGCUGAUCUAAAAUGGUGUAAUUCUGUUGACUUACACUAGCUGAGAAUGUAAGGGGGGGGGCUUUAUUUUCUUAAAAGAAAUCACAGAAAAUCACUCUGUCUUCCCUUAUUUUUUAUUUUAACAUCAUGUUUCAAACUGUUGUGCAGCUUUAAUCCACCAUUAAUUAGAAAAUGUAGUUAUUAAUAAGUGUUUAAAUUAUAUUUUUGUUGAUAUUCAGGACAGAGUUGUUUAAACUGUUGAAGUGAAGUUGCAUCCAAAAUAAUUCCAAGAAAUCUAAUUACAAGGCUGCUGAACUCUGGUUGACUUUGAUGGGUAAUGUGACAGAGGCAUAGAUCCUUUUAAUGCCUUGGUUUUAAAAAAAUAACCCUCUCCCCUUGCACUACCAAAAAGCCUCCUGAGAUGCUACAGUAAAGUCUUUGAAUUUAUUUCAUUUAGCAAGUGUGAAGGGAGACUCAACUUUGCAAGAAGCUGUAUCCAGUGUUGACCAAAGCCAGAAUUCCACCUACCUGCUUGAGACCACUUGUACAUUCUUAUUAAAUAGAUUUUUAUUGAUCCUUCUUGGAAGCAAUUACCAAAGUGGUACUUGAUACGAUUUCAGCAAAGCUGGUGAGUUAUAUAAUUUACAGAUAGCAAUGUUAGAUCAUGAGCUCUAUUUCUAAAGAAAGCCAUUUCAUUACUAUUUACAUGCAGUAGGGUAUUUCAGAACAGAACCUGAUGGACAAUGAUGAACUAUAACGAGUGUUUAAAAACUUGCUUUUAUACAACUUGUUGACGAUGAAUUGUUUCCCAGUACCUAACAGCAGCAUUAGUAAAGACUCCACAAAAUCUUGGGUUUGGCUUGACUACUACAGUCUUCACUUACUGCAGAUAACAGAAAAAAAGACAAGGAUUCUGGUGGUUUUAAACAAUUAUAUACUGAGAGAUAAAAUUAUCUUUGCAACAUGAACUAAAGGUAAAUGAAGGUAUAUGAGAUAAGAUUAAGCAAAAUUGUGCUAGAGGUAUGCUCAGGCAUGACUUGAAUUUUUAUGCAGAAGCUUUGACAUUUCACUAAGUUAUUUUACAUUGUGUCUAAUAUAUACUGUACAUUAAUACUAUAUAUUCUUAUAUAUUGUUAUUGAGAAAGGGAGCAAUAUCACUGCACUUAUAUGUUGUAAAAAUGCAUGAUGUAUGUUGUCAUGAUGCUGAAACUCCUGCUAUAUAUUUAAAAUUUACCAUUAGUGGUAUUUCACACUGAUUGGUAAUAAAUGCUCAUUUUUUGGAAAACUAUAAAACUUGCUGUCUUCAGACAUUUCCAUAGCAUGCAAAAGUCUUUGCUUCUUCUUUGGAAAAGAUAAAAUGGAAAAUCAUGUCAGUUACAUCACUGUGUGUCUUCCAAACUUUGAAGGGAUGAUUUCUUGUGACCAAAUUCUGCCUUCAGAUGGGAGCUUUCAAUUCUCUGUGAAUCAAUGGUUAUGUGGGUGAUUAUCAGGAAGCAAAAUUUGACUCAUUAGACCUGAUUGAUCGGCUGUUUACACUGACGUCAGAAAAAGAAGAAAACCUCUGGGGUCACUGGGCAGAUGGAUUCUCAAUUGAAGAGGGACAAGAAUUUGCUCCUUCAGUAGUUAUGUUCAGUAGUAAACAGAUGUGGGAAGAGCAUGAGCUCAUUUAGUACUUCAAUGUAUGCAUGCAUUCACGUGUGAGUUGGUAUGUGUGCACCUCUAGGAUCCUACUUACAUUUAUAUAUUCAUGCUUUAUAUGCAGAUUUUUUUGAUUGUUUUAAACAUGGCAAUGCUGCUGUUAGGCUG